AUGCAGCCUUGGCACUGUCUCCGGCGCUUCGCCCUGGCUUGGUGGGAGAGAACAGUGGAGGGCAGCCACCGGCCACCCAGAGAGGAGGCAGGACAGAGGGAACCGGGGGGCCGAGGGGAACAAGAUCCUGAGCGGAGCAGCCCACCCAUGCUGUCUGCGGAUGAUGCGGAGUACCCAAGAGAGUACCGGACCCUUGGGGGUGGGGGAAGUGGGGGGAGUGGGGGCCGGCGCUUCUCCAAUGUGGGGCUUGUGCACACUUCUGAGAGGAGGCACACCGUGAUUGCAGCCCAGAGUCUGGAGGCACUCAGUGGGUUGCAGAAGGCAGAUGCAGAGCGCAAGCGAGAUGCCUUCAUGGACCACCUGAAGAGCAAAUAUCCUCAGCAUGCCCUUGCCCUCCGAGGUCAGCAGGACCGACUCCGGGAACAGGUUGGCGGCUGGACAGUGGAUCACGUGUGUCUCCUCAGUUCCCUCUGCUCCCACCUUCAUGGCGACUCUGCCCCGCCUGUGGCUGGCCAGCCUGCCCAGCAGCCCAACUACUGGAGCUUUAAGACUCGAAGCUCCCGUCACUCACAGGGGGCCCAACCAGGGCUGGCAGACCAGGCUGCCAAGUUAUCCUUUGCUUCCGCUGAGUCACUGGAGACCAUGUCGGAGGCCGAACUGCCCCUAGGUUUCAGCAGGAUGAAUCGAUUCCGCCAGAGCUUGCCCCUCUCCCGAUCUACCAGCCAGACAAAGCUCCGUUCCCCAGGGGUGCUAUUCCUGCAGUUCGGGGAAGAGACACGGCGGGUGCACAUCACCCAUGAGGUCAGCAGCCUGGACACACUCCAUGCCCUCAUCGCCCACAUGUUCCCACAGAAGCUCACCAUGGGCAUGCUCAAGUCACCUAAUACAGCCAUCCUCAUCAAGGAUGAGGCUCGGAACAUCUUCUAUGAGCUCGAAGAUGUCCGGGACAUUCAAGACCGAAGUAUUAUCAAGAUUUACAGGAAGGAACCACUCUAUUCUGCCUUUCCUGGCUCCCACCUCACUAAUGGGGACCUUCGGAGAGAGAUGGUCUACGCCUCCAGGGAAUCAUCUCCUACCCGCCGCCUGAACAACCUCUCCCCGGCCCCCCAUCUCUCCUCGGGCUCCCCACCUCCAGGCCUGCCCUCUGCCUCCCCUUCCCGGUCCAGGCUCUCCUAUGCAGGGGGGAGCGGGGGCCGCCCCCCUUCCUAUGCUGGCAGUCCCGUGCACCACUCCGAAAGGCUGGGGGGGGUGCCCCCCGCACCAGGCGUCUCUCCCAGCCCCAGUGCCAUCUUGGAGCGGCGGGACGUGAAGCCCGAUGAAGAUCUGGCGGGCAAGGGAGGAGGGGUGAUGCUAGUGAAAGGGGAGGGCCUCUACGCAGACCCCUACGGGCUGCUCCACGAGGGGCGACUGAGCCUUGCCUCAGCCGGAGGGACCCCUUCGCCUACCCCGGCGGGGGACUCUACAAGCGGGGCUCGGUGCGCUCCCUCAGCACGUAUUCUGCCACUGCCCUACAGUCCGACCUGGAGGACUCCCUGUACAAAGCUGCCACUGGCAGCGGGGCCGCUCUAUGGGGACGGCUUUGGCUUCCGUCUGCCCCCGGCUUCUCCCCAGAAACUGGUGGACGUGGCAGCACCCCAGGGCGGCCCUCCACCUCCCCACAGCCCUUAUUCGGGGCCACCCAGUCGCUCCUCUCCCGUCCGCCAGUCCUUCCGCAAGGACUCCGGUUCUUCUUCCUCUGUUUUUGCUGAGAGCCCAGGGGGCAAGCCACGGGGUGGGGGAGGCUCUUCGUCUUCUGGGGUGCCCCCGUCAGAGCUUUUCCCAGGGCCGGGGGAGCGCCCACUGGCAGGCUUCGGGCCUCCGGUGCCAGCCAAGGACACAGAGACCAGGGAACGCAUGGAAGCCAUGGAGAAGCAGAUUGCCAGCUUGACAGGACUGGUGCAGAGUGCCCUCCUCCGAGGUUCAGAGGCUGAGACCCCCAGUGAGAAGAUUGAAGGUUCCAAUGGGGCAGCAACACCCUCAGCUCCAGCUUGUGGGCUGGGUGGACGGAGCAGCGGGGCCCCUCCGGUUCCGGCGCCUCCUCCGCCAUCAGCCAGCAGCACCCCUGCAGGCCCCCCAACGGCUGUCACCCGGCUACACAUGCAGCUGCACCUCCAUGACCUACAACACAAUGCCGGUGACCUCCGCAACCAGCUGCAGCAACUCCGCAAACUGCAGAUGCAGAAUCAGGAGUCUGUUCGAACCCUGCUGAAGCGUACAGAGGCCGAGCUGAGCCUUCGGGUGUCCGAAGCAGUCCGGAAGCAGGAGGACCCCCUGCAGCGGCAGCGUACCCUGGUGGAGGAGGAGAGACUGCACUAUCUGAGCGAGGAGGAGCUGGUUACCCAGCAACUCAAUGACCUGGAGAAGUCGGUAGAGAAGAUUCAGAAGGAGGUAUCCCACAACCACCGGCUGGUCCCGGGUCCCGAGCUGGAGGAGAAGGCCUUGGUGCUGAAACAACUCGGGGAGACCCUCACAGAGCUCAAGUCACAAUUUCCUGGGUUGCAGAGUAAGAUGCGAGUCGUUCUCCGGGUAGAGGUAGAAGCAGUAAAGUUCCUGAAGGAGGAACCACAGAGACUGGAUGGGCUUCUCAAGCGCUGCCGAGGGGUCACUGACACACUGGCCCAGAUCCGAAGGCAAGUGGACGAGGGCACGUGGCCACCUCCAAACAACCUCCUGAGUCAGUCUCCAAAGAAGGUGACGGCUGAAUGUGACUUCAGCAAGAGUCUGGACUUCGAGGUGCCACCCCCCAGCCCUCCCCUGAGCCUCCAUGAGCUGGGGGGGCCGGGUGAUGGCACCGCUCACACACCUAAAGGGGGCAAUCCCUCCAGGGGCCCUGAAACACCCAGCAAGAGAAGUGUGGACAAGGCCGUGUCUGUGGAGGCAGCUGAGAGGGACUGGGAGGAGAAGAGGGCAGCCCUGAGCCAAUAUAGUGCCAAGGACAUCAACCGGCUGUUAGAGGAGACGCAGGCAGAGUUGCUGAAGGCCAUCCCGGACCUGGAUUGUGCGGGCAAGCCUCGUGGGCCAGCCCCCACCCCUGAGCACAAGCCCUCCAAAGCCCCCCAUGGCCAGAAGGCAGCUCCCCGUGGAGAGGCCAGUGGGCGGAGGGGCUCAGAUGAGUUGACAGUCCCCCGAUACCGAACAGAAAAGCCUUCUAAAUCACCCCCACCGCCUCCACCCCGAAGAAGCUUCCCUUCCUCCCACGGCCUUACCACCACCCGCACUGGGGAGGUCGUGGUCACCAGCAAGAAGGAUUCAGCCUUUAUCAAGAAGGCGGAGUCAGAGGAGCUGGAGGUACAGAAGCCCCAAGUGAAACUACGCCGGACAGUGUCUGAGGUGGCCCGUCCAGCCUCUACGCCACCCAUCAUGGCAUCAGCCAUCAAGGAUGAAGACGAUGAGGACCGCAUCAUUGCAGAACUGGAGAGCGGCGGGGUCUCCAUCCCACCUAUGAAGAUGGUGAUGCCAGGGGCAUCCAGGCUGAAGCCAGGACAGACCAGCAGCCCGGACAAAGGCAAGCACAGCAAACAGCGGUCAGAGUACAUGAGGAUCCAGGGCCAGCAGCAGGUCAGUAGACCAUCAAAAGAGGUGAGCGGGUCAAAUGAGACCUCAAGCCCAGUCUCAGAAAAACCCUCUGCUUCCAGAACCUCCAUCCCUGUAUUGACUUCCUUUGGGGCAAGGAAUUCUUCCAUCUCCUUCUAAAGUCCUACGUUCUUUCUCCCAUUUCCUCCCCUCUUCUUCCUCCUUCAACUUACCUCCCACCAUAAUCCCUUCAUCUCUCCAUCCCCCCCCAACAC